AAUGAAUGUUUAAUUCCUGGACGUCAUGCAUUAUUUGAUGAUUCAUAUCAAAUUUUAGAACCUUUAUUCAAAAAAUAUCUUCAAGAUGAACAAAUUCUUGAAAGUUCUGAAAGACGUUCUCGUUUUAUUAGACUUAUUCCAACUUCAAAACAAUCUCAAUGUGAAGAAAAAGAAGAUUUAACAUGGGAUUAUGUAAAAAGAAUUCUUAAUGAUGAUCCUAAAGCAUUACAAAGAAUUGUUUUUACUUAUCUUUAUCCUAGACUUGACAUUAAUGUUUCUAUGAAAAGAAAUCACUUACUUAAAGCUCCUUUUUGUAUUCAUCCUGCUACUGGAAAUAUUUGUGUUCCAAUACCAUUUAAUAAAAUAAUAGACUUUGAUGUUACAAGAGUUCCUACAUUAAUUUCUGUUCAAGAGGAACAAGAAAAUAAAAUAGAAAUAAUUCAAAAUAAUAAAAUGGAAGAAGAAGGUUCUUGUAAUGAUAGUUAUAAUGAAAUGGACCAAAAACAAAAAUAUUCAUACAAAGAAUUUGUACAAUUCUUUGAUUCAUUUGUGAAUGAUCUAAAACAAUAA